GCGCCGGGGCCUCCGGGCAGCAGUGAGCCUGCUCACCUGAAGAUCUCACCGCAGCCAUGAGCAGUAAGGAAUUCUUCAAGUGUGGACGCUCUGGCCACUGGGCGCGGGGAUGCCCUAGAGGAAGAGCUCGAGGGUGCGGAGCUAGAGGCCGUGGCAGAGGUUCUCAGUGCAGUUCCACCACCCUACCUGACAUCUGUUACCGCUGCGGUGAGUCUGGUCAUCAUGCUAAGAACUGUGACCAUCUCGAGGACGUCUGCUACAACUGUGAGAGAAGUGGCCACAUUGCUAAAGACUGUAUGGAGCCUAAGCGAGUGAGAGAGCAGUGCUGUUACACUUGUGGCAGGCGAGGCCAUCUGGCUCGUGAUUGUGACCGUCAGGAAGAGCGGAAGUGCUACUGUUGCGGCGAAUAUGGCCACUUUCAGAAAGACUGCACCCAAGUCAAGUGCUACCGGUGUGGCAAGAACGGCCACGUGGCCAUCAACUGCAGCAAGACGAGUGAGGUCAAUUGCUACCGAUGUGGCGAGUCCGGACAUCUAGCCCGGGAAUGCUCCACUGAGGCUACCACUUAAUUUUUUCCUUUGUCCCCCCUCCUUUUAAUGAUUGAUAAUUAUAUUAUUUUCUCUGAAACUUCUUCACUGACCAAAGGUUGAUAGAUAGAGGCUACUCCCAGGCCAGUGAGCAUUAAUUACCAUGUUAAAGGAGGAAAUGGCUGGGGAAAAAACUCUAAAAAAGUUAUUCACUUUUAGAUGUCUUCUAAUUAAUGUGUUUCUGCUCCACUGGAGAAUCUGGUAUUGAACAGUCAUUCUGAGCAUUAGGCAGCUUCUAGAUCAUUGGACAUAUUUUGAUUUAACAUUUAGUUAAGAGCUACUGUUUGCCAACCACUAUUGGAGGAGUUGGGACUACAUCAGUGAACAAAUCAGACCAAGUUUGGCAACACAGGCCUAGAAUCUAUUAACAAGUAAAAUAGUGUGUCAGAUGAAGAUAAAUUGCUAUAGAGAAAAAGAACACCAGGUAAAAGGUUAGAGAGUGUGUGGAGGGGACAUAUAGUUCUGUCUUAGAUACA